CCAAGCUUGAAUCUUCACAAACAUGAUGAGCGCCAAAUGAUUUUCAACCAUCCUAACGAAUAACUCUCAUGAUAGUAAAUUAGUAAUCCCUUGAAAAUGGCUCAUCUCCUACGCGGCAAGCAAGCCGGCGUUCAGAACGACUUCACAGCGGGGUUAAGCCCCGACCAAAUAAACAUCGACGAAAUCCAAAGAUACGGAGUCGGCUCUCAAAUCUCCCAAAUCGCUUAUGAUCCUGUCCAAGGCCUGAUUGCCGUGGGCACGAACGAUACGCAGUUUGGCCCCGGGCAGAUCUACGUCUUUGGCCAGAGAAGGGUCGAUGUCGUGCUCAACCUAUCACGGAAGGGAUCCGUUCGCAUCUUGCAAUUCUGUGCCGAUAAGCUCAUCUGCCUGGACAGUCGAAAUGAGCUCUCAAUCUUUUCGCUGGAAACCAAGCGGUUGGUAGCGGCGUAUACCCCGCCGGGAGCGGUGGUGAGUGUGUAUACCGAUCCAGCGAUUGACUUUGCGUUGCUGGGGAUGCAGAAUGGCGAGGUACUCGCAUACGAUCUCGACAGAGAAGCGAUGGCACCAUUUAGGAUCCCCAAUCUCUGGCGUGAGAAGAAUCCGAAGGCAAGGCUUUCUCCCGUGAUAACAUUACGCCUCCAUCCCCGAGACAUCGGCGCGCUUUUAAUUGGUUAUGCGGAAGGCGCCGUCAUCUACUCGUUCAACCAGAGCAAAGCCGUCCGAUUUUUCUACUAUGAGCUCCCUCGUGGUGCUCCCGGCGGCGAUCUCGACCCCACGGCGAUGAACAUCGUCCGACGUCCGCAAUUAACCCACGCCGUCUGGCAUCCCACCGGCACAUUUAUCCUCACCGGCCACGCUGACGGCAGUCUGGUCUUCUGGGACGCCAAAGACGGCCGCAUCGUCAUGGCGCGCACGCUCGACGCCACGAACAUCAACCAACCCCUCCGCAACCCCGGCUCCUCCAUCUCCGACGGCAUGGGCGCCCAAGAACCCAUCACCGAGAUAAUCUGGUGCGCGAACCAAGACCCCGACGACACCGCGAUCCUUAUCUCCGGCGGAACCUCCAGCAUGAUGCCCACCAAAGGCCUCACCCUCUUCGAGCUCGGCCGCACCCCCAACUACUCCACCUCCUCCUGGCCCGUCCUCGCCGCCCACUUCGAAUCCCCCAAACGCCAACGUCUCCUCCCCACCCCUCCCAAUGCCUCCGUCCAACAUAUCUGCCUCGUCCCCCGCUCCUCCCCCCAUUUCCACGGCGCCCAAGACCCCCUCGCCAUCCUCGCGCUCCUCGCCUCCGGCGAGCUCAUCUCCCUCAGCUUCCCCUCCGGCAUCCCUAUCUCCGCUACCAACCAGCUACACGUCUCCCUGAGCUUCGUGCACCCGUUCGUCACCGCCGUCAACCUCGCGCCCGUCGAUCGCAACCGCUGGCUCGGGAUGACGGAAAAGCGCUCGCGGGGGCCGCCGAUGCUGCGCGGCGGGAAGGAGCAGAUGCGGCCGCUGAAGCGGUUCGAGCACCGCAACGUGGUGCAGACGGCGCACGCGGACGGGACGGUACGGGUGUGGGAUGCGGGGCAUGGGGACGAGUUGGAGAACGACGGUGUGGUGCAAGCGGACGUGGGGCGGGCGGUGGGGCGGAUGGAUGAUGUGGAGGUGGUGGUAACGAGCUUGGCGGGGGCGACGGGCGAGUUGGCGGCAGGGCUGAAGAGCGGGGAGGUGGUGGUGUUUCGGUGGAAUUCGAAUAAGCAUCCGGGGAGGGAGGGGCGGGGAGGGGAGAAUAAGGCGAGGGGGUUGACGGACGUGUUGGAUCGGUGUGAUCCGGCGUUGAGCGAGGGGUUGUUGCCGUUGACGUUAUUUGAUGGGCGGGAUGGGCGGGUGACGGCGUUGGAGUUGUCGGAUGUGGGGUUCGUGGCGGCGGCGUUUGAGGGUGGGAGUAUGGUUGUCAUCGAUCUACGGGGCCCAGCAGUGAUCUUCGAUGCGAAGUUGACCGAACUCGUGAGGCAGGACCGAAAGUCAAGUUUUAGGAGACAUAGUCAGCAACCGGCCACGGCGGACUGGGCUACUAAGCUGGUGUUCAGCGUCAUGACCCUCGACCAAGAAUCCUACUCCAGCAUCCUCCUCCAUGCCGGUACCCACCACGGCCACCUCCUCACCCUCCAAAUUGUCCCCGAUGCCUCCGGCCGCUACUCCGUCCACCCCGCCGGCCACCUCUCCCUCGACUCCCCCGUCGUCUCCAUCUCCCCCCUGCACGCCAACACCGGCUCCCCCGCGCUCGCCACCCAAUCCGCCGUCGCAGGCCUCCGCAACGGCGCCAAGACCCCUGGCGUGCUCCUCGUCGUCACACAGGGUGGCGCACGCCUGUUCCGCCCGGCGACCAGCAAGGGCGCGUCGAAGAGCUGGGAUGAUUUCUAUGUGUAUUCGGCGGCGGUGGCGCGCUGGGAUGAAGGAAAGUGGGCACUCGUGUGCUUGUGUGGGGACGGGGUCGCGCGGGUGUAUUCGAUCCCGGCGCUGAAGGAGGUGGGUGGGGUGAGGGUAGGGAACGUGUUGGAUGUGAAGCGGAUGGGGCAAGCGUGCGUGACGCGGACGGGGGAUGUGUUGGGGUGGACGGGGCCGUCGGAGAUGGCGUUGUUGACGGUGUUUGGGAGCGGGCUGCCGCUAGACGUUAUCUUUGACCCCGAAGCUCUCAUCCCCCCCCGCCCUACCAUCUCCAACCUCCAAUGGAUCUCCGGAACCCAACACGUCACCCCCUCCGACAUCGACAUCCUCAUCGGCGGCCCCGACCGGCCCCCAUCUCGACGCAUGGUCGCCCAAGCGCGGGCCGACCAAGAAGCCGCACGCUCCGCGACGCGCAACCGGGCCGCCGCGGCCACGCUCCCGACGAACCAGAACGACGAGGGCUACUGGGAGUAUAUGCAGCGGCAGAUCAACGAGCGGACGGAGAAGUUGGGGAUCGUGGGGGAUAGCGUGAAUCGGCUGGAGGAGACGAGCGCGGGGUGGGCGGAUGAUGUGAGUAAGUAUGUGCAGCGGCAGAAGCGGAAUAUGGUGAUGGGCGGUGAGUAUAUUCCUUGA